GUGGAGCCGCUGUUGAAGAAUGUGUGAAAGGACUUAAAUAGAGCUGUGGAGCUUCAGGAGCGCAGAAGAGCAGAAUCUCCAGCAGAAACACACACACACACACACACACACACACUCGCAGGGAAUCUCCACACAGCAGCAGCGGCUCUCCAGGGCAAUCAUCAUGACUCUGAGAGGACUGGUCUUGUUUCUCCUCCUCUGGAGUUCGGAGAGCAGCAGACGCGCCGAAAUCCCAGAUGACGACACCGUGUUCGACCUGUUCGAGCUCUCGCGCGUGCACAAGAAGAACCACGGUGUGAGUCUGGUGAAAGGCCCGGAUCCCUACAGCCCGGCCUAUAAGAUCCUGAACCCGAGCCUGAUCCCACCGGUGCCGGAUCUGUCGUUCCGGGAUCUGCUGUUCUCCAUCCAGACGGAGCGCGGGUUCGUGUUUACUGCGAGCCUGAAGCAGGUGAAGCGCACGCGGGGGAGUCUGCUCUCGGUGGAGCGCACCGACGGAUCCGGCUCCGUCUUCGAGAUCAUCUCCAACGGGAAGGCCAACACGCUGGAUCUGGUGUUCUGGAGCGCCGGCGGGCAGCAGGUGGUGUCGGUGGAGGAUGUGGAGCUGGCGGACGGACACUGGAGGAACAUUACACUGUUCGUGCAGGAGGACCGCGCACAGGUGUACGUGGGCUGCGAGGAGAUCAACACACAGGAGCUGGAUUUACCAAUACAGCAGAUCCUGGAUCAGCAGAACGCAGAGAUAUCCGGAUUGAGGAUCGCUAAAGGAGCCGCCAAAUCUGACCGCUUCAUGGGAGUCCUCCAGAAUGUGCGGUUUGUGUUUGGGACGACGGUGGACGCGAUUUUACGCAAUAAAGGAUGCCAGAGCUCGAGCUUCAUCCCUGACGUCCUGACCCUGGAGAAACACGUCAACGGGUCGAGUCCCGCCAUCCGCACACACUACACCGGACACAAGACUAAAGAUCUGCAGGACGUCUGCGGUUUCUCCUGUGAUGAUCUGACCAGCAUGUUUAAGGAGCUGAAGGGUCUGGGUGUAGUGGUGAAGCAGCUGUCCAAUGAUCUCCGGCAGGUGACGGCAGACAACAACUUAAUCAAGACACAGAUUAAAGUCCACGAAGGAGUGUGUCUGCACAACAGAAUCGUGUAUCAGGACCGAGACGAGUGGACGGUGGACAGCUGCACACACUGCACGUGCCAG